AUGUAUUUAUAUUUUAUUCAGAAACAGCCGACCACGUGCCUUUGUUUACCGGCGAAAUGUUUCAUGGACACGUUGCAAGCAAUGAUUUUCAUUUUGUUGGCUGUUUUGCUGUUCAAUAAUUCAGAAAUGCCGAUACCGAUUUUGUUUGCUGUUCAAUGCAUUGUGACUCUCGGCUAUAUUUACGAGAUCGCUCCCAUUAUUGGAAUCCAUAUUUUAAUUCAGUUUAUCGGACUUUUUUGCCACGUGUUUACCACUGCCAUCGCUUUUGUGAUUCUUUUCAGACCGGAUCUGCAGAAUGACAUUCAAAAGUAUGCAAUCCUUUCUCCCAUCUACUUCAAAGAGGGUCUCGCAUUUUCGGGAUGGUAUUGGCUUGCAUUGUUCGUUCUUUUCAUAGUGAUCUCCUAUUUGAUUGAGCUCAGCAUGUCGGUUUUGACUUACGUGAUGUCGAAGAAAGCGUAUGCUCGCGCUGCCGCCGAAUUCGCCGACACCACCCAAGGAAUCUAUCAUUAUAAUGCGGAUGCUUAUGACGGACGCAGCACCGACAGGCUCUAUCCCGAACUGAUCAUGCUCGCAAUUUUACUUGUUGAUAUUGUGAAGCUCAUGGUUUUCACAGCGAAAUGUCACGGGUUAAUUCUGGUGUACAUUGUGAGCAUGUUAGCGGCGAAUGGAUUCUUCGGGUUUGCACAUUAUAAAGAAGCUUAUGCGUUAAUAUUUGUCCAUGUGAUGACAUUGAUUGGCUUCAUAAUUGCCCAUACAGUAGCCAUAUUCGUCCUGGAGUUGAACAUGAAAUGUAAGAUUUUAGAGAAUUUGAUUGAGCUUAAGAAUCUAUUUAGUGUGCCAAGACGAUCAGAGAUGUUCGCUAUUGCAAGAUCUGCUCGAAACUAA